AUCGCCAUAUCGUAAUUUUUAUUUCUUCAAGGGCAAGAGAGAAAGAGUCUCUAAAUAAAACAAUCAAGAGCCGCAAGAAAAAUUCUUCCUUCAUCACUUUUGCACGAUUGAGAGGAAGAAUGAAUUUUUGCAAACUCACUAAAUAUUUUUGUAAAUAAAAAAUAAAUCUUUUUGAGGCUUCUAGUGACAUCAUCAUUUCUUGUGGUUUGAUGCUAAUUUCGCUUUCUGCUCGCCGCUGCUGAGAGCUUAAUUUCGCGUACAAAAAUCCAUGAAUUUUUGCCACCUCGAAAUGUGAGAGCAAAGCCAAGGUCGGGGUUUGUGCCGAAUAUUUAUUAUUCAUUCUCUCGUCUAUUCUCUAUCUAAUCUAUGCGCAGAGUUUGCCCCUCUUCAGUGCGCAGUUUGGGCCACGAUCGGCGGGCAAACGGACGUUGUUCUUUUUUUGUGCUUCAUUCCGCAUAAUUUUCCGCAUGGAUUUCUCACAAAGCUCUCAAAAGUGUGGCGGAAAAUCUCCCAAAGAUUGUGUUGAGAAUUUUUCCUAAGCAUCGAUCAAGAAGAAAAUUCUUGAUCUUCAAAAAUUCUUUAAAAUAAAAUCUAAUAAAUUCUUCCAUAAAAAAAAUGUUUCUUCGCUUUGUGACGUGAUUGUUGUUGAUGGUGGCGAUCUUAUUUGCCUUUCUGACUGUCUUAUUGAUCUUCCUCAAGCUGUGAUCACGCAUUUUCUGCGUUCUUUCCGUCCCAACAAUUUUAUCACCCAAAAGAGUCCAAAGAUGUUUACUCAUGUUGCAAUUUAUAGAAGUGUGACCAUGUCGAAGGAAGACAGCACAAAGCCAGCCUCUGCGGGGGCAGCUCCCACGGUUGAGAUGGCCGCAAUGGCUCUGGAGGAGAAUGGAAAGAAUGGCGGGGGCUCAGCAUCCGGCGGGACCGCAGGAGGCUCACUCAGGGACUCCUUCAAGGCUUUCUCCAAAUUCGGGGACACAAAGAGCGACGGGAAGCAGAUCACACUGUCCCAGAGCGAUAAGUGGAUGAAGCAAGCAAAGGUGAUUGAUAAGAAGAUCACAACAACGGACACGGCUAUUCAUUUCAAGAAGCUGAAGAGCCUCAAAGUCGGUUACGAUGACUACAAUAAAUUCCUCGAGGAUCUCGCCAAGACAAAGGGGGUGAAUCUCGAGGAGAUUAAGACAAAAAUGAGCAAUUGUGGCCAGCCGGGAGUUGCCCAUGUUACGGCAGGAAAAGCCGCCGCGACGGUUAAUCGUCUCACGGAUGUGUCCAAGUACACAGGAUCCCAUCGAGAGCGCUUCGAUGAGAGUGGGAAAGGAAAAGGGAUUGCCGGGAGGAAGGAUAUUCCGGAUAGUUCGGGCUAUGUGAGUGGGUAUCAGCACAAGGACACGUACAAUAAAACCCACUAAAAGCCCCCAUCAAAGAGGCCACAGCAGGAGCACCACCCCCUCAUGUUGGUGGAAGGACUCCGUGCAAAAAUGUGUUCAAGCCACAAUCCUCCUCCUUCAUCCACUCAACGGAAGUUCUUCAUCAUGCAGAAAUGAUGGAAAGCUUCAUCUUCUCCACAAAAUUCUUCGUGAAUAAGAUUUUAUUCUUCUCCUGCCUCGUGGGGGUGGUUGAGUGGCAAAAUAUCCGCGUUUAAAUGCACACAAAAAAGUGGACUCAAAAAGAAUUAAGAAAUGCUUUUCAAACGUAGAAAGGAUUUAUCUCCUUGUUAUAAUCGUAAAUGUGAUGAUUUCUGGCAUUUUAUUGGGCUUGAAUAUUCUAUAGAAAAAUAAUUAAUCUUCUAUGAGUAAAUUCUAAGAGCAUUCA